GCCAAAUCCUACUUUCAUUCUGGUGUCACGCGAAGACACUCCAACCCCAGUCUUCUGGCCGACUUCCUCUCCCUCUCCAUACUUACUCCCUCCCUCGUCUUGGACGCCUUUACCUGAAGCAAGAUGGGGCGUGGUAGCAAAUCGAGUGCUGAUGGCGUCAAGAAGCGUCGUUUUUGUCGAGGACGUAAAAGACCCAAAACCUUGGAUCGGACCCCAAGCAAGCUCUCGGCGGGUGCGGACUCUUCUGCCUCUCCACUGGCAAAUAUUCAGCCAACUUCCGAGCCUGUUCAGGAGCAGUACACAGCUUCCAUGCCUGUUCUAGAGCAAGAGCCUGGUCAGGGACAAGACACAGCUUUAUUAGAGCAAUUCAAGGCCCUCGUGAAGCAAAACGGGGAUGUCAUGAAGCAGAAUGAGGGUCUCAUGAAGCAAAAUGCGGAUCUCGCGGCUCUUUUGAAAGAGAGCAAAAGGAAACUGGAUGUCAUGACAAAGAACGCCGAGAGAGCCAAGAAGAAUUACAUAUCCGAAAAGAAGGCCAACAAGAGAAAAUACGAGGAGAUUAAUGAGAUUGGGGGCAGCUUGAAGGUCCAACUUGACGCAACACGUUACGCAGUCGCCGAUCUGGAAGCCGCCAUGCACUUUGUGCUGGAAAGAGGACACGAGGGUAAAUGCUUUGACAAGUUGUGGUCAAAGACUCGCGAGUGGACGAAGUACUAGGUCUGUCUGUGGAAUGUCGCCAGUCUUAUAGGGCCAUAAGGAUUAUAGCGGGUUGAUGUACAUGGACUGUGCUGAGAUGCGGGCGCAUGACUGGUAAAAAUACGCGACUUGAUACUGGCGUGCCCAUCAAACUGUUCAUUACGUCGGUCAUGAAGGGGUUGAGGAACCGAUUUGGCUUGUGGUUUACCAUGAGGCUGGUCUGACCUGGUAGACGUCCACUAAAGCAUUAUGAAGGAAUGAAAAGGAAAUAUUGACCAUC